AUGGUUGUGUUCGUCAACCAUGAGCGGGAUGCUCCUGUUAUGACCCCAGGUCUUCACUAUCAUCAUCUGUUACCUGGCGUGCACUCAAAUGUCAUACUACCAAAGCAUUCCAUGAACCCAGCACUCAUGAGGCUUCCACCACACCUUCCACAAUCUGAUGGCUGUGGCAUGUCAAUCUAUGAGGGUCGUGAACACUACCGGGGUGACAGGGACGACGAUAAGGAUGAUAUUGAUCGCGAUAAGGGCGGGGAUAAGUGGAGCGUGAUAAAGGGUCAAUCGAGACCCGUAAACAGGAAUGACAAUAAUGCUGGACCGGCAAAUCCAAACGUCAAUGGAUUUUCAGCCGCGCUCAGCUGCUAUCCUGUGGUAGUUCAGAUUGCCCGGUCCGUCGAUUUGAAUACACUGGAUUCCCUAUCCAUGACUUGUCGUCAGUUCCGUGCGAACCUGCUACCCUUCCGCUCACAGCUAAUUCGAGAGACUUUACGCUGCCGGAAUGAAUCUCUCGAUGAUUCCCCAUCCGAGAGCAACAAUAGCGAUUCUCCGCGGAAUGUUAGAGCGGAUAAUUUCCAGGUCUUCUUCCAGCCUGCUAAUGCAACUUCUCCUUCUGCAGGUAGUGGGUAUCGGAGCACGUCCGCCGGGAGAGUGGGAUGUUGUGCUCGGGAUAUGGUUGCGGAGUGCCAGAGAUGCGCCGCCACUGUCUGUAGGAAUUGCGCCGUGAAACCAGCGGGAAUUUCGAUGACUAGAAACCGGUUUCGUCGUCUCUGUUCAACGUGCAUAGCUGCGCCCCUAUCAGUCCACAUCCUACCUCACGUCCUUUCAAUCUAUGACCACCAUGACCACAACCGUCCGGCAUCACCGCUACAAACACAAACACAAUCUCAGCCAUUAUUCACGCAGGGCUCAUUCAACCACAACUCCUGCCAUUGUGAAGAGUCAUUCUGGCUCUGUCGGCCAUGCGGCCAGGCCCUCCGAUCAGAAGACACCACGUACAAACGCGUUUGGUCAUGGAGGACCCGCUAUAGCGCUUAUCUAGGCGGUGGCCUGGGCACCAGGAUUGGAGAUGGCUGCCAGGGUGUAAAGUGCGGACGCGGUGUGAGAUGUCUUGCUGCGGAGGAGUUUGAGGUGGAGGUUGACUGUGAGGUGGAUGGCUGGAUGUCUGAGGAUCCGGAUCACCAUAGCCUCAACACUCUCCAUCAUAAUCACCAUGGUGGCAGUGGCAACGGCAACGGCGGUGGCGGCAGCCACUCUGAUAUACUUCAGCAUGUCGCUGACGGGCAUGGGGAUGAGGAACCCGGUUACCUGAGGCAAGAGAUCAUGGGUGUGGGAGGGCAGGUGAAGCAGAAGGUUAAGAAGAGGGUGAAGGUGGGUGCGUGUGUGGAGGAACACGAAGAUGAGAGGGAGACGGAUUCUUAUUUGAAGAGGGAGUGUUUGGGGGACGUGAGGAGCUGGUGUGGAUGGUGUUGUAAGGUUGUGCCAAGCCGGAAGGAGAGGGAGGGUUGA